CUGUUAUUCUUAUCAUAAAAAUUAAUGUCACGAAUUGUUUGAUGUAGACACGAAAUUGAAUAGCAAAUUUCUCGUUUUCAUUACAUCAUUUGCAAAUGACUUGACAGUAAACUGGAUAAGUUAAGAAAUUAAACAUGGUUACCUACGAUUGCAAUUGCAAGGAUGUUAUAAUCACGGAAGGAAUAUUUGGAGAAAUUUAUGCCGAAUCUGCGGAAGAUAAAAUACGCAGCUAUGACAGCAAAGAUUAUGAGAAUGCUGAAAAUAAAGGAUUCCGGUUGAUGCCAGUAAAAUCGUACACGAUGAUUAAUAAGAAUAGCUUAGAGAUCACCGUCAUUUCCUGGGGUGCGACAAUCGUUUCUUUAAAGUAUCCCGAUAAGUUUGGAUAUGUCACGGAUGUUGUGCUUGGUUUCGAUGAUUUGAAGAGCUAUACAAAUCCCAAGAUUAAUCCGUUUAUAGGAUGCAUCCUGGGCAGAUGCGCGAAUCGCAUAAGAGACAGCAGUAUUAUCAUUAAAGACAAAACUUAUGAGCUAACGAAAAAUGAUUUCGGCAAGCAUCAUCUGCAUGGAGGUACAAAAGGCUUUGGUCGGCAGUUGUGGGAAUCGUAUAUUGAUGGAUGCUCAGUCGUCAUGACUUAUCUAAGUAAAGACGGUGAAGAGGGAUAUCCCGGUGCGGUAUUGAGUACAGUGAGAUUCAGAUUGAUGCCUGAUAAUAUACUGGAAAUAGGUAUCCGAGCGACAACGACGAACUCCACUAUAGUGAACAUCUCACACGGUUCUUUAUUCAAUCUCGCUGGACAUGACGCUGGUAAAAAGGAAUUGAUGAAGCACAAGAUCUCAUUGAACUGCGACCGCUGGACCUUCGCAGAUUAUACGGAUCCAAUACCAACCGGCAGCAUCCGAGGGGUCGGAGGAACCAUCAUGGAUUUGCGUGUACCGAAAUUUCUGGAAAGCUGUAUCGAGAAGGUUCCUCCGGGAGAAGGGUAUGAUCAUAAUUUCUGCGUCACACCAAAUUGGCACGGGGGUAACGCGUAUGUCGCUCAAGCGGUCCAUCCGAAAAGUGGUCGCGUUCUGGAGAUUUAUUCGAAUCAGCCUGGCGUACAGUUCUACACAGGUGGUCGUCUAUGUAGUACUUCUGAGACUGGAAGUAAUCUUGCUGAUGCAUAUGAUAGCCCGAAUCAUGAAGAGGAAUACGAGGAAAAAAAGGCUGUUGAUGAGAUGAAACAAGAUGUGGCACCUGAAGGCGAAUCACAGGAAUUUAUUUCAGGAAAGCAAGGUGCUCGCUACGUGAAGCACUGUGCUUUCAGUAUUCAACCGCAAAACUAUCCAAAUGCUAUUAAUUAUUCGCAUUUUCCCUGUUCUAUUCUACAACCCGGAGAAGUCUAUUGUCAUGAUUUAAUUUACAAAUUUGGCAUCCAAUUGGCCAAUUACAUGUGAUACAUCUAAAUUAGAAAAACAUCG